GCAGUGCCGGGCGGUCGGUCGUCGGGGUGGGUCGAAUGGGGAGGUGUCCUGCCCGCAGGGAACUGAGGUUGUUUGUUUGCUGGUGCGAGAGAACUGCGGCUCAGCUGCUGUGAGUCGAGUGCAGGGACUGCAACUGCAGCUCGGCUGGUGACUGGGUCUGACGGGACGGUCACUCCGUACGUCGGCACUCUUUGAAGUGGAGUGCCGGAGAGUUCGCCGUGGGUCCGUCACCGCAGGGGACUCACGAUGAAGCGCACUCUCGGCCCUGCCCAGGUUCUGCUGCUCCUGCUGCUACCGGCUGUUACGCUCGCCAACACAUUAGCCCUCUUGUCAGGCACGCUGCGCACGUUUCAAGUAGCGUCCUGCGACGGUGACCAGCUCCGGCUUAGCUGCCCCAUCAACACAGUCGUCGUCAUCAAGCUGGUCCACUACGGCAGGCUGGCCUCGAAGCCGGGCCUCUGCGGCCACCCGAGCGACAUGCAGCGCUUCAACAACUCGGACUGCAUGGACAGGAGCGCGCUCAAGGUGGUGAUUGACGAGUGCGGCGGGAAGCAGGAGUGUCGUCUGCACACCUCGCCCAAAGCAUUCGGCAUCGACCCCUGCCCGGGCGUCCGCAAAUUCGUCGAGGUGCUCUACAAAUGUCGACCAAACGUGUUCCGGAACCUGGUGGUCUGCCAGGGCCAGCGACAUCAGAUCAACUGCAACGACGCCAAGAUCGCCAUCUACUCGGCCAGCUUCGGCGUCACUAAGCACGGCAGCGUGGAGUGUCCGCAGGCGCCCGGCGUCACCGUCACGGAUUGUCAGGCAAGCUUUACCUCGGAGAAGAUGAUCAACAUGUGCCAGGGUCACUCCAGCUGUGAGCUCAACGCUGACGCAAACUUCUUCAACCGUCCCUGCCCCGCCGACCACAACGCCUACCUCAAGGUCACCUAUACAUGCGUUCCAAAGACAAUCCUCCGUGAGAAGUACGAUCAGGAAGAAAUGGCUCGCAGACGAAACGCGACAGAAGCGCCCUCUGUAAAGCGAAAAGUUCUGCCUCCGGACCAGGAUGCCUCGAGCCCGUCACCUAGUGGAAAAAUGAUCGCCUCUAUCUACGAUGGUAUCCAGGGAGACAUAAGCUACGCGGCGGCCCCGAGCCGACCGUCGCGCCCGGCGGCGGCCGCCCCCGCCCCCGCCCCCGCCCCGGCCGCCGGUCAGGAGGAGGAGUGUAACUCGACGGAGGUGUCGGUGCCGAUGACGACCAGCCAGCGGCACGUCAUCGGCUUCAUCACCGAGUGGAUCACCACCUACCGAUACGUGUCAGACAACAAGGAGAAGUUUAUCCUGUACCUGACUCUGAGCGUCACCGGCGGCCUGCUGCUCUGCCUCCUGACAGUCAUACUGCGACUUUACUGCCAGCGACGGCGAGCGAGACACGACGCCAAGGCCGUCUACCUGGACCGACCCACCGUGCUCGGCUUCGGCGACCAACUCAGUGAGUUGGACUCGGAGCUGGAUCCGGGCCAGGGUCCGGGUCCGGGCCCGGGUCCGACCAUCCUCAGCAGCGGCCGCCUCUCGCCGCCGUACACCGGACAGAUGAGCUUCGGCAGCCGGCAGCCCGCCGAGCAGCCGAGCUACGCCAGCUCCGGACGUGGCACGCUGCGCCACCACCACGACGACACGAACCCGCGCAGCCUGGCGCACGACCUGCCAAAUGUCUACUAUUACAGCUAGUGACACCUGGUGGGGGUCACAGUAGAUAGAGCUUACGGUCAUGUCCGCCAGAGCUGGCGCCAGGACCGCUGUCUGAGAGCGAUUGGAAUGAAUGUGUGACUGUUGGGCGUUGAUGGAAAAUGUCUACUGUUGAAUGGUGAUUGUUGUUACUCCGCUGUGCCCUCGGGAGUAUUUCGGUGUAACGUGAUGUCACAGAAGCGCACUGUAACGUCACAUUUAACAUGACCUCCCAGUUCGCGUAUCGUCGCUGUGGGGCGGUGGCUCAUAUCAGACUGGUGGGUCAUCUGGGACUUGCCCACCUGGUCCAAACUCUUGCCGUUCGUUCUGGGAGCGCCCGACUCGAGUGUGGUCGAGUCGAUACGAUGGACCGCGGUGACUCACGUCUCGGCACCUGACCUCGCUGUCGCCCGGAGCGGUCGGUCGGCGGCCGAGAGACCGUCAAGUGCCUGAGCGCCGGCGACCGUCUUUGUCGAGUAGUCUAGUCGGGGCGACAGGGUCCGUGUCCCCGCGCCGCGCGGCUCAUUGUCCGAUUGCUGCCGGGCCGCCGAGGUCGCGCCUGGCAAUAUCCGCCGGCAUUCUGUACAUAACUCAUUGUCCUCAUCUGCGCAGGGGGAGCGGGAGGGUGGGGCCACUGGCCGCGAGCCAGCGCUAUCUAGUCCGACACCAAUGGUGUGUGAGAGGGUCGGGAGGCGGGGGAGACGGUGAUGAGGCCCCCAGCGACCCCGACCCCACCGGUGGGCGGCUGCGUCCUCCUAGUCGCUGGGUGCUCGUGGUCGGGCAGCGGCACCGUACGUACAACUGCUGAGGGACGCAUUGAGUGAACGUCUCUGUCACAGCUGCCGCCACCGCCGAGUCUAAGUUAUUGUGCUUUGUCUGUGUUCACGCAUGUCACAAAUAUAUGACUUGUCUAUGU